AUGCCUAAAUGUAACUCUGCAUCCUGUGGUGUAUUGAGUAAAGCUAGCAACUCGGCUUCAGAUAAUCCUGCCCCUGAUCACCAAGCAAGCACCUCAGUUUCAGACAAUCCUGUCCCUCAGAGUAAAGCCUGCACCUCAGCCUCAGAUACUAGUAAGCAUGUCCUUUAUAGUAAAGGCAGCACCUCAGCCCCAGAUAAGCAUGUCCCUCAUAGUAUAGCCAGCACCUCAGCCUCAGAUAAUCCUUUCCCCCAGAGUCAACCCCUAGAUGUCAGUGAUUGUGAAGAUUCAGGCAUGAGGAGUCAAGAUAAUAGUGACUCAGAUGAAGACACAAUGGAACAGGAAGAUGAUGCAAGCACCAGCAGUACUUCAAGACCACCCACCCCUGUACCCACAUCCAAGACAAAGAAAAGGAAGGUUGAUGACAUGAAAGAGUAUUUUGAGGAGAGGGACAAAAAGUUUUUUUGA